GUUUUCACAAGACCCCGUGACCAAUCACCACCAUGUGUGACGACGACGAGGCAGCGACUCUCAUCUGCGACAAUGGCUCCGGUCUUGUCAAGGCUGGCUUUGCCGGUGAUGACGCUCCCCGAGCUGUCUUCCCCUCCAUCGUUGGCCGCGCUCGUCACCAGGGUGUGAUGGUCGGUAUGGGUCAGAAGGACGCCUACGUCGGCGAUGAAGCUCAGAGCAAGAGAGGUAUCCUCACCUUGAAGUACCCCAUCGAACAUGGCAUCAUCACCAACUGGGAUGACAUGGAAAAGAUCUGGUACCACACCUUCUACAAUGAGCUCCGUGUUGCCCCUGAGGAGUGCCCCACCAUGCUUACUGAGGCUCCUCUGAACCCUAAGGCCAACCGAGAGAAGAUGGUUCAGAUCAUGUUCGAGGCCUUCAAUAUGCCAGCCACUUAUAUUUGCAUUCAGGCUGUCCUCUCCCUUUACGCCUCUGGACGUACCACUGGUCAGGUUUGCGACUCUGGGGAUGGGGUCACCCACAUGGUUCCUGUGUAUGAAGGGUUCGCCCUUCCCCAUGCCAUCCUCCGUCUGGACUUGGCUGGUCGUGACAUCACCAACUACUUGAUGAAGAUCAUGACAGAGCGUGGCUACUCCUUCACCACCACCGCUGAGCGUGAGAUCGUCCGUGACAUCAAGGAGAAACUUUGUUACAUUGCUCUGGAUUUCGAAGGAGAAAUGAAUACCGCUGCUGCUUCUUCCUCCAUCGACAAGUCCUACGAACUUCCUGACGGUCAGGUCAUUACUAUCGGUAACGAGCGCUUCCGAGCUCCUGAAUCAUUAUUCCAACCCUCGUUCUUAGGUAUGGAAUCUUCCGGCGUGCAUGAAGUUGUUCACAACUCAAUCAUGAGAUGCGACAUUGACAUCAGGAAGGACUUGCUGGCUAACGUUGUCAUGUCUGGUGGUACCACCAUGUAUGCUGGUAUUGCUGACAGGAUGCAGAAGGAAGUCACUACUCUGUCCCCAUCCACAAUUAAAGUCAAGAUCAUUGCUCCCCCUGAGAGGAAGUACUCCGUCUGGAUCGGCGGUUCCAUUCUUGGAUCUCUGUCUACUUUCCAGAACUUGUGGUGCACCAAGGAAGAAUACGACGAGUCGGGUCCUGGAAUUGUCCAUCGUAAAUGCUUCUAAAAUAUAAGAGUUGAGACCAUUUCCUUAUUCAACAGAUAUUUCAUUAACUGGAGAAAGACUUUAUGUCUACACAAAGUGUACAUGAAAGAAGAGUAUGUUUGUAAGUUUUAUUAAUAAAUAUCUA